CUUGUUGAAUCAUGUCCACAGGUACGGUUAACACGGAGGUUUUCGAGGAAUUUCAACAUCAAAUUGAAAACCAAUUCUCUGCUCAAACAUCCGCCAUGCAACAGCUCAACCUCACGGUGCAACAGGUGCAGCGGGACAUCUCCGGCUUGCUUGCACGCGUGGAAAAACAUGGCGACGACUCAGGCAAUCGCGGGGGAGGGCGUGGCCCUGACCUACUGCACGGGGGUAAUCCUACAUCACGGUUGAAGAUUGAUAUGCCCAAGUGUGACGGGACUGACCCGCUGGGUUGGCUUUUCAAAGCACACGAAUAUUUUACAUUCUACGGGAUUCCGGAGGAAUCUCGAUUGUCAGCCGUCUGUCUUAUGCUAGAAGCCUCAGCAGCGUUCGAAGCCUUAAAAACGGCCCUCACCACAGCGCCGGUCUUACGGCUGCCGGACUUUGGGGUUAUAUUUGUGGUCGAAACAGACGCUUCUGGCACAGGUAUUGGGGCGGUCCUCCUGCAACACGAACAGCCCGUGGCCUACUUUAGUAAAAAAUUGGGCACUCGGCGGUUGGCGGCCUCGACAUAUCAUAAGGAGUUGUAUGCGAUUGUGGAGGCGGUGCAAAAAUGGAGACAAUACUUACUCGGUCGGGAGUUUUUGAUUCGAACCGAUCAACGCAGUUUGAGGGAGCUGUUGAACCAAGUAAUCCAAACACCCGACCAACAGUUAUAUGUACGCAAGCUUAUGGGGUUCCGGUUCCGAAUCGAGUACAAGCCAGGCCGUGCAAAUGCCGCCGCGGAUGCCCUUUCCCGUAAAUUUGAAGAUGAUGCAGCGGCGGCCACCUUCAUGGAAAUCUCCCAGCCCCUAGCGGAUGUCCUCACCCAAAUCCGGCAUGAGAAUACUACACAGGCCGAUCUCCUCCGCUUGCAUGAGGCGCACAGGGGGGGUUUAUUGCAGCCGCCAUACACAGUGGAAGAUGGGCUUUUGUUUUACAACCGGCGGAUGUGCAUCGGGGCGGCCUCUACCUUGCGGGCAGUACUCCUACGUGAGUACCACGAUUCUCUGUCCGGGGGGCAUGCUGGGGUGACGCGCACAUUUCAACGUUUGGCUUCCCAUUUCUUUUGGCCACACAUGCGUCGCGAGGUAGAGAGCCCAAACCCUAAUGACUAUGUUAUCUAUCCUGACGGUUCAAAGAAAAGCGACGAGGUAAAGAACCGUAAAGAAACCCUCGAAGGAGCUUAUAAUUUGCUCACCUAGGAAAUCUACGUUACAAUAAUAUGAAAUAAUAAAAUAGAAUUAAU